AUGACCUAUCAUUAUAGUAAGUACAGUCAGCACUCGCCAAAAAACCGCGCUCCUACAAACGCCGUGGCAAUUGGUACGCAACUAAGCACUCCCACCAAGGACGGCAACUGCGUAUCUAAUCUCGUUAGCUGCAACCUGACGUCACUGCGAAGCCGCGCGCGCCGCGGGAGAAAGAAGUUCAACAAACCUAACCUCAAACGAAAACUAAACAAACAUCAACCGCGCUCGAUUUGUUUAUCGCGCGCGGCGAGCAAAAGUUUCGCGGAAACUUCGAACGGCCGAGGAGACUCUGUCGCGCCAUUAACCUGUGCUCCGGUGGGCUACAGCGGCCGCGAACAGAGUUCGCACGUGCGCCGAUGCAGUCGGCUGCGCGCAGAGUACUUUUUUCAGUGCACACACGGCGGGACGGGAGCUCGCGUGGACGCGUGUACCGCGCGCGCGUUCGGUAUCGUC